AUGAAGUUCCUCUCCGCAAGAGACUUCCAUCCACUUGCCGUCCUGGGGCUGAUGCUGGCGACGGCCACUGCCCUCCCUACCUCACAAGUCCGGAGAGGAGACCACACAGAGGACACCACCCCCAACAGACCAGUACACACCACCUCGCAACAACUCGGAGGCCUGAUUAGUUACAUCCUCAGGGAAGUCUUCGAAAUGAGAAAAGAGUUGUGUGAUAACAGUCCUGAUUGUAUGGCCAAUGACGAUGCUUUGUCAGAAAACAAUCUGGAGCUUCCAGCAAUGCAAAGAAAUGACGGAUGCUUACAAACCGGAUACAAUCGGGAACUUUGCCUAUUGAAAAUCACCUCUGGUCUUCUGGACUACCAGAUCUACUUGGAGUUCGUGACAAACAAUGUACAAGAUAACAAGAAAGACAAAGCCAGAGUCAUUCAGAGUGCUACCAAAACCCUAAAUCAGAUCCUCAAACAAGAGGUAAAGGAUCUAAGUAGAAUAGUCACGCCUAGCCCAACUGCCAAGGCCCUCCUACUGGAGAAGCUGGAGUCGCAGAAGGGGUGGCCAAGGACCAAGACCAUCCAGCUCAUCCUGAAAGCACUUGAAGAAUUCAUAAAGAACACCAGGAGGGCUACUCGACAAAACUAG